UUGGCAGUCGACCAGCGAUUGUGAUUGUGAACUGUCGAACGAAAUUGAUAAGUUUGUUUUGUCUUAAAAAUAUGGUCAUAAUUUUAUAAAUUCAACCAAACCAUGAGAUAAGUAGUACCACACGUAAUCACACAUUUGCAACGUGCAAAGUGAAUAACAUAGAAACGCAAUGGAAGUCGUGUGGGUUAUGUUGUGAAAAUGCGAAGUGUUACAUUCGGAUUAUUGGAUGUCACACGCGAUUGUAAUCUUCGAAGAGGUCUCCGUCUCCACGAAGGACCACAACGUUUUCUCUGAGGAUAAGUUACAUGUACGCAGCGGGAAUGACAAUAAUGGCAGUUUCUGUUGGCGAAAUUUGCGAGAACACGAAGUUGGCCAGGGAGAUGGCACUGAUGGGGAACUAUGAGUCGGCUCUGGUGUACUACGAGGGAACGGUGCAGAUGAUCCACAGGCUGCUGAUCACCAUCGCAGACCCCACGCGCAAGUCCAAGUGGCAGCUCGUACAAAAGCAGAUGGCACGGGAGUACGAGCAGCUGAAGGCGACGGUGGCGACGUUGCAGAUGUUCCAGCACGAAGGGGAGAAAGCUAUCACACCUCUGACGGGCAACUACGAAGACCUGCCAACUCGUGACCAGAUGUGGGGCCCCGCGCCGCACGAGAUCGACCCCGACAUAUGGCCCCCGCCGCCCGACAGAGACCCCAACGCGUGGCCGCCACCCACCAGCGUAGAACACAAUGUGAUCCACAGAGGUCCCCCUCCGCCGAUGAAGUCAGCGCGGGGCAACACGCGAACGACGCGCCCCGACAACAAGAAGACCACCCCCGCGCCCCGAAACGCAACCACAUCGCAACGGAAGACUUCGGACGUCAGGAACCCCAAAAACGCAGCGAACAAAGCACACAGCGCAAAAUCAAAAGACACAAGCAAAGAUCACGGCAGGCAAGACAAGCAGGACAGAGACAACAACAACGGCGACACGGACGAUGAGAAGCACAAGGACGAUGAGAGAAGGUUCGAGCCCCCUGCCGCCGCUGAUGGGGACCUGGUCGACAUGCUCGAGCGCGACAUAGUACAAAAGAACCCCAACAUCCGGUGGGACGACAUCGCGGACCUCACGGAGGCCAAGCGGCUGCUGGAGGAGGCAGUCGUGCUGCCCAUGUGGAUGCCAGACUUCUUUAAAGGCAUCCGGCGGCCGUGGAAGGGCGUGCUGAUGGUGGGCCCGCCGGGCACGGGCAAGACCAUGCUGGCGAAGGCCGUGGCCACCGAGUGCGGGACCACGUUCUUCAACGUGUCCUCCUCCACGCUCACCUCCAAGUACCGCGGCGAGUCCGAGAAACUAGUCAGACUGCUCUUUGAAAUGGCCCGGUUCUACGCGCCCAGCACGAUAUUCAUCGACGAGAUCGACUCGCUGUGCUCCCGGCGCGGCUCCGACAGCGAGCACGAGGCCUCGCGCCGCGUCAAGUCCGAGCUGCUCGUGCAGAUGGACGGCCUCGGAUCCGCUACUGAUGAGCCCGCUAAGGUGGUGAUGGUGUUAGCAGCGACGAACUUCCCGUGGGACAUCGACGAGGCGCUUCGGCGGCGGCUGGAGAAGCGCAUCUACAUCCCGCUGCCCACGCAGGAGGGCCGCGAGGCGCUGCUGCAGAUCAACCUGCGCGAGGUCAAGCUCGACCCCGAGGUCGACCUCCGCGCCAUCGCCAAGAAGCUGGACGGAUACUCCGGCGCUGAUAUCACUAAUGUUUGCAGAGAUGCGUCAAUGAUGUCGAUGCGGCGCAAGAUAGCGGGCCUGAAGCCAGAACAAAUCAAGCAGCUGGCGAAGGAGGAGCUGGACCUGCCGGUCACGAAGCCGGACUUCAUGGACGCGCUCGCCAAGUGCAACAAGUCCGUCUCCAAGGGCGACAUACAGAAGUACCUCUCGUGGAUGUCCGAGUUCGGCUCCUCCUGAUAGUAGCACCGCCCCGCCUGCUGUGUGUCACGCCCUGUGCUGUCAAACAAACAGUUCCUGUUUCAAAUAUCACGCAAACAAUGAUAUUUCAAAGAGAAACUCUAAACACGAAAAAUUGCCUUAUAAACUCAAUGUAAUAAAUUUAAGUUAACGAAGUAACAUUCAGACUGUUGCAGUAUUAAUACGGAAAGUAUAAAAUUGAUAGUGGCAUAUCGAAAUUGAUAAUAUUAUAUAAGUGAGAAGAGAAAUCAUCUAUUGAAAUAGUAGUAAACAUUCCGGUUUUCAAACAUUGUGUAAAUAUGCUUCUAACUCGACUUACUGUUGGCAUUUUAUUGAUAACCACAAGACGAACUAUUUAUACAAAUUGUGAUCAUAUUAACAUGAACUUUGUAUAAAGCACAAUAAGAUACUUCGUUCCAUGUACAUAUUAAAUUAAUAUUAUAAUACUAACAGCAUACAAGCGAGCUUAACUUUUGCCAGAUCUGUCAUCACAUAUUAUAAUUUCUAAUGUAAUCCUAUAAACUGUGACCCGUGAUCUUUGUACUUAAAUUAGGUUAAAUUUGAGAUUUGUUUUAUACUUAGAUAAUAGUUUUUAUGCCAUAACUAAUUUAUGUGUACUUUUUAUAGAUUUUUUUUUAUUAAAAAUGCUAUAUUACGUUAUUAUGAAAUGAGAUAUAUAUUUGGCAUUUAUAUUAUAGAAUUUCGCUCAAUUAAAAUUAGCAUAUUCCCGAGUGAUGCCUGUCGCGAGAUGUUUUGAUAGUUGAACUGUUAUCUCGAGAGUCACAUCGCCACGUCUUUGAGUGAACCUGUGUAUCAUUUUACUACGAACUGUAUGUUAGUGUUAGCAAUAGAAUUCUGUGUUCAUUAUGUCAAUACCGGUACUAAAUUAUUCAAA